CCGUCAACAUGAAUGAGUUCAGCCCACUUCGGGGGAAAACCUGAAAAGUAAGUGCAGUUAGGUCUGGAAUUUGACGGUCACCCCUGCCUGUCAGGUCUGGAAUUUGACUUCCACCCCUGUUGUUAUAUGAUUUUUUUAUGACGGUUAAAAGUGCAAAAACGGUCAUAUAACCUGUCAAAUUCCAGGCCUGGGUGCAAUUAAUUGGCUUGGACUAUUUAACGAGAUCCAUGUAAUGGUCAAAGCCCUUGUCUUCGGCAAAUGUCUCCACUUGAUGCCGUUAAAUCGGCUUUUACUAGUUCAAAAGGUCAAAUAAUCUGUUAUUUUAUACAACCCUUUUAAGGCCCCGUUCUAUCUGUAGAAUUGAAAUCAAAUUUUGGGCCUUGAGAACAACUGAUGGUGUAUUGGAUCUGAAUUAGUUGGCAAAAAUGUCACUACGUUAUGAACAAGAUGUCAUUGCUGAGCACAGAGGGCCAAUAUACAGAGCCCGUAAAAGGCUGGCGCGGAAAAUGAAGGAUAUCUAUAGAAAAGAUGGCCAGGAAAUUUGGAAUCGAAUUAUGGCGGACAAGCCGAUGUGGCCUUUUCUUAUUCCUGUGCUUCUUUUUGCUUGGAUUUUGGAGAGGUGGCUUGUUCCCUUCUCCAAUUGGGUACCUCUCUUUGUUACCGUCUGGGCAACAAUUCAGUAUGGAAGGUACCAGCGUCAAAUACUUGUAGAACAGUUGAAUAACAAGUGGAAGCGUCAUAUACUCAAUACUUUGCCAACUACUCCUUUAGAGCCAUGUGAGUGGUUUAACAAGCUUUUAAUGGCUGUUUGGCCCAACUUUAUCGAGCCUAAGCUUUCAGACAGAUUUGUGAAAAUUAUGCUGAAAAGGCUAAGAGAACGGAAGCCAAGGCCUAUUCAAAGUAUUGAACUACAGGAGUUCUCAUUAGGAUUAGCCCCUCCAAUUCUAGGUCUUCAACGAACAUACUGGUCAAUUACAGGAAAUCAGCCAAUCAUGCACAUGGGAUUUGAAUGGGACACAAAUGAAAUGAGUGUUCUUUUGGCAGCGAAGUUAGCAAAACCAUUACGUGGGAUGGCUCGCAUUGUGAUAAAUAGCAUUCAUUUGAAGGGUGAUCUUCGAUUUAUGCCAAUCCUGGAUGGACAAGCCCUUCUUUAUUCAUUUGAAUCAAUUCCAGAAGUUAGAAUUGGUGUUGCCUUUGGAAGUGGAAGUCAGACAAUCCCUGCAACAGAGCUACCUGGUGUUUCACCCUGGCUGGAAAAAGUUUUCAUUGAGACCUUGACGAGGACAAUGGUUGAACCACGACGCAAAUGCCUUUCUUUACCAGCUGUAAACUUGAAGAAAAGAGCUGUCGGUGGGAUUCUUUCAGUGACUGUGGUUUCAGCAAGCAAUAUUUUCAAGCUAAAUACAAAAGGAGCUAUUCCAGACAGACGGGUGAAUUCCCAUGGAAGCAGUUAUUCAAAUGGAAGUGUUAGCAGCAGUGGCAGCAGCAGUGGUAGAAACAUGAACACAUUUGUUGAAGUAGAGCUUGGACAUCUAACAAGAAGAACUGCAUCAUGCUCAGGUUCAACUCCAAGAUGGGAUGAAACAUUCAACGUGGUUUUGCAUGAAAACAUGGGCACACUGAAAAUGAAUCUUUAUGAACAAUGUUCAGGCCAUGUGAAAUAUGACUUUUUGGCUGGCUGUGAAAUCAAGGUGAAAUAUGUUGAUGACGACUCCACUACAUUCUGGGCAAUAGGACGGGACUCAAGUGUGUGUGCUGCACGUGCUGAACAUUGUGGAAAGGAAGUGACAAUGGUUGUGCCCUUUGAAGGGGUAGAUUCAUCAGAGAUUACUGUAAAACUUGUGCUUAGAGAAUGGCAAUAUGCUGAUGAUUUAAGGAACCUUCACAGUCGCAGUCAAGUGAAUUCUCAACAGCCUACACUGGGAAGCUGGUCAACUCAUCAACCACCAACUGGCAGAAAUCUUAAGGUAACAGUAGUAGAAGGAAGAAACCUUACAGGAAAGGACAGAUCUGGGAAGAGUGACCCUUACAUCAAGCUGCAGUAUGGAAAGAUCAUUCAAAAAACCAAGUCAAUUUCUCGAGAGCUCAACCCUGUGUGGAACCAGGAAUUUGAGUUUAAUGAGAUUGGAGAUGGUGAGUAUUUGAAGGUAAAAUGCUAUAAUGAAGAAUUCCUUGGGGAUGAAAGCAUGGGAAGUGCUCGUGUGAAUUUGGAAGGACUGGAAGAAGGAGCGAGGAAAGAUGUCUGGGUCCCUCUAGAAAAAGUUCCUACAGGUGAAGUAAGGCUCAAAAUUGAGGUGCAAAAAACAGACCAAGACACUGAUGGGUAUCAGACUUCAUCUACAGAUACUGGGAAUGGCUGGAUUGAGCUUGUGCUCAUAGAAGCAAAGGAUCUGGUUGCGGCAGAUUGGAGGGGGAGUAGUGAUCCAUAUGUCAGAGUACAGUAUGGUAGUAUGAAAAAGAGAACAAAGGUUAUGUAUAAGACACUCAAUCCUCAGUGGAAUCAAACCUUGGAGUUCCCUGACACAGGCAGUCCAUUAGUGCUGCAUGUGAGGGAUCAUAAUGCUGUAUUGCCAACAUCAAACAUAGGGGACUGUAAGGUUGAGUAUGAAAGGCUCCCGCCAAACCAGACGGUAGACAAAUGGAUUCCUUUACAAGGAGUUAAGAAGGGAGAAAUACGUGUGCAAGUGACAAGAAGAAUGCCAGAAAAAUUGAAGAAAACAGGAUCAUCACCCAGUAGUUCUGGCAUAACGCCAGUGCAUAAAUUAUCUGGAAAGGUCCGUGCAAUCAUUAAGAAAGUUAAAUCAUUGGCAGAAGAUGGGGACCCUGAAAAGAUAUGUUUAACUUUGGAUGAACUAGAGAGUGUUGAAGAAGAGCAGGAAGCAUAUAUGUUGCAAUUGCAACGGGAGAAAAAAUUGUUGCUCUCAAAAAUUGAUGAACUUGACCAAGUGAUGAAUGGCUUUAAAUAGCAGUUAUCACUAAAUAGUAAAUAUUUAUUGCCUCACAAUGGCUUCUUGAAUUCAUGUGAUGUGCAUUCAUCCUCUGUAUUUAUAACAUGGCUUUGAAAUGAUGCCUGGCCAAAGUUGAAUCUAUUAGUGCCACAAUGAGUUUUCAUUGUUUCAUGGUGUCUCUCCUAAUGCUUCACAGUUCCAGUAAAGUUAACAGCAGAUCAUAUCAAUUUGUAAGAAUAAUUAUAUAAUCUCUUGCCAAUUUUUUGUAUUAUAAAAUUUCAAUUGAGGAUAACAAGUAAUCUGAAUUCAAGAAGAUCAUUUAUUGUUAA